CCGGAAAUAAGCCGCACAUGCGUUCGACGCAUUUAGGAGCUACACUACGUGCGACAUUCUUCUCGAUGCACCUAGUAAAGAAACCCAGAAUAAACCAACGUUUAUAUGUACAUUUCCUGGAAAGUGCAUGUUAUAGAGCUCACUAUCAAAGAUGUCCCGGGCAACUAAGCGCAAACAUGUGGUUAAGGAGGUUCUUGAAGACUACGUCACACCCAGCGAGAGCCAGCAGGUCAUGAGGAUCUUGGGAAGCAAUGGCAAUAACCUGCAUGAGGCUGUAACAGAGAGCGGCGAGAAAUUUCUGCUGAGCAUGCCCACAAAGUUCCGCAAGAACAUCUGGAUCAAAAGAGGUGACUUUGUGAUCGUAGACCCUAUUGAAGAAGGAGACAAGGUGAAAGGAGAGAUCAGCUUCAUACUGUAUAGGGACCAUGUCCAGUAUCUGAGGAAACUUGGUGUCUGGCCAAAAGGAUUUGAGGUGGGUGGUGAGUCUGAGGAGAGAAAGGAGGGACCACAGAACGGACAGGGAGAAGACAAAGAGAGGGAGCAGGAGGAAGAGUGUGACAGCAGUGACUCUGAGGAUGACCGUGACCUUUUUGUCAAUACAAAUCGAGCCACUGUUCACUAUAGUGAGAGCGAUGAAGACUCUGAUGAAGAUGAUGAUGAAGAGGAGGAAGAAGAGGAGGGACCAGAGAACGAUUAGUUCCGCAGAAACGACUGUUGCUCUGUACUUUGACAGCUGCAAAGAAACUUGGUCAAUCAAUGGAGUCCUCACUCCACCUCAAGACGGCAAUGGAUUUUGUCUGUGCUUGAUAUUUCUUUGGAGCUUUCGGUUGCUUGUACAUGAUGCUGUCAAGAACUACUAAUGCUCAGAAAAAGGCGCUCCAAUCAGUGGAAUGUUUACUAGGGCCCUGCUGGAGUUAUCAGUUUGUUUUUGUAUUUUAGGAGAAGUCCUGUUAUUUAACCCACACAUAAAUUCAUGUAUUUUUUUUUUGUAUUUAUUCACUAUUUAUUUUGUCACUUUUGUUUUCAUGGUCAUGUUGUGAUACGUGCAUGCGUAUGUAGGUGUUGCUAUGCUUUUAAAUGUACUGUCUGAAACAUCCUGGAGGGGGAGGUGGGGAGGGAAAGGGGAUGUGUGUUCUUAUAAGUAUGCCAACAUACAAAUUAAGACAAUAAAACAACUUAACAUAAGAACAUAAAGAACAGAUAUUAAUACAUAGACGGUAUAAAUUUACCUGAAAUGGAUUGUCCAUCAUCAAGCCUGUAAAAAUGCAGCACAAUUGCAGAAAUGCCCAGUUUUCACACAUCUAGUUCUUAAUAUUUUGUAGGUCCUUCAUGACUUUUCUUUUGACCCCUUCACAACCUAUUUUCAUUGAUCUGAUCAGUUCUGUGUGCCAGCUUGAGACUUGCGCUGAAUAAAGUCCUCGAACUGAUGAUGAUUAAAGGCGACAGAUAUAGCAAAAAAUUAUAAUUAAAACAUUUUUUUAACUUGAUGCACAAUGCAUGUUUUUUUUUCUUUUUUUGAGGUGUAAUAAGUUAACAAAAAAUUUCCAGUAGUGCCAAAAAAAGCAGACUAUGAAUACAAUGAGUUUUAUUCAGUGUUUUGCAUAUUGCAGUACACUGAAUCCAAUUUGACAAUUUAAUAGGAUGAUAAUAAAUAUACUGCCCACCCUAAAUGAUCACAUCCAAUAACAUACAUUGAUAUUUGUGGCCAAAUGCUUGUUUUCAGAUCCAAACAUCCAACCAAAACAGUGUUAUGUAUUUAUUUUCUGUAUUCCACUACUGUAUAAACAGUUUCUCUACCAACAUUUGAGUAUUCAGAAGGUUUUAAAUGAAUCGUACCAAAGAAAGCUGAACAGAUUGUGGUGGAAUCUGAGAUGUCAUGAUGUACAGAAUCAUUUAAUAAACAGUCAGUAUCAAAUGGAA